AUGGGUAAUGCAAUCCCGACCCAGACCCCUAGUAGCCGCACGCAGAUGGAUUUCGAGGAUGUAAUAAUGGAGGAAGGAACCUCAGGCACCAAAGUACACCCUGUUGUUUCACCACCCUACAAGAGCAGCCUUCAGAAGUUCUUCACCAAGGUCAAGGAGACCUUUUUCCCUGAUGAUCCUCUGCGCCAAUUUAAGGGACAACCAUUUCAUAGAAAACUAAUCCUUGGAGCUCAAUAUAUGUUCCCUUUGCUUGAAUGGGCCCCUUGUUACAGCUUCAAACUCUUUAAAUCUGACCUUAUUUCUGGUCUCACCAUUGCUAGUUUGGCCAUCCCUCAGGGAAUCAGUUAUGCUAAGCUUGCAAAUCUUCCUGCGAUUCUGGGACUCUGUGAGUAUGUUGAUUUUGCCUGCAGUGUAGCCUAUGACUCUAGUUUUAUUCCCCCUCUUGUGUAUGUUGUUCUUGGAAGUUCAAUGGAUCUUGCAGUAGGACCUGUUUCUAUUGCUUCCUUAGUGCUAGGAUCCAUGAUCACAGAAGAAGUUUCUCCCACUGCAGAACCUGAUCUGUUUCUCCAAUUGGCUUUAACUUCAACGUUUUUUGCUGGGAUCUUUCAAGCAGCUCUUGGAAUUCUAAGGCUUGGAUUUAUCAUUGAUUUUCUAUCAAAGGCAAUCCUUAUUGGGUUCAUGGGUGGAUCAGCUGUAAUUGUAGCUCUACAACAGCUCAAGGGUCUUCUCGGAAUCACACAUUUCACUAAAAAGAUGGCCCUGGUUCCUGUUUUGAUGGUCGUGGCAAACGAUAUUGAUGGGUUUUUGCUUCUUGAUAUUACUACUGGGCGCAAGACAUAUUCUGGUGCUCCUCUUGUGUCUGUCAUCAUCUCUACUGUCGUGGCUUUUCUAAUCAAGGCUCCACGUCAUGGCAUCAGUGUGAUUGGAAAAUUGCCAAGAGGAAUAAAUCCUCCUUCAGUAGAUAAGCUACACUUUCAAGGAGAUCAUAUCGGCCUAGUCAUCAAAACUGGCCUUAUCACUGGCAUUUUAUCCCUUACAGAGGGAAUUGCAGUGGGAAGAACAUUUGCUACAAUAAGAAACUACAAAGUGGAUGGAAAUAAGGAAAUGAUGGCAAUCGGAUUAAUGAAUGUGGUUGGCUCCACCACAUCCUGCUAUGUUACAACAGGAUCUUUCUCUCGCUCAGCUAUCAAUCACAACGCAGGUGCUAGAACAGCAAUGUCCAACGUAGUAAUGUCUUUGACAGUCUUGAUGACACUACUGUUUCUCUUGCCAUUGUUCAAAUACACACCAAAUGUUAUAUUGGGUGCAAUCAUAAUAGCAGCAGUAAUUGGCCUCAUUGAUAUUCCUUCUGCUUAUCUCAUUUGGAAGAUAGACAAAUUCGAUUUCGUUGUGAUGUUGACUGCAUUCUUUGGUGUGAUUUUUAUCUCUGUCCAGAUGGGUCUAGCUAUCGCAGUCGCAUUAUCAGUGUUGAGGAUACUUCUGCAAAUUACCAGGCCUAAAACUGUAAUGUUGGGGAACAUACCUCGGACAAACAUAUACAGAAAUAUUCAUCAUUAUAAGGAAGCUAUAAGAGUACCUGGUUUUCUUAUUUUAAGCAUAGAGGCUCCCAUCAACUUUGCAAACAUCACAUAUCUCAACGAGAGAAUAUUUCGAUGGGUAGAAGAAGAAGCUAGCACAGUGGAAAACGUUUGCCUUCAAUUUCUGAUUCUUGAUAUGUCAGCUGUGAGUAACAUAGACACAAGUGGAGUCUCACUUUUCAAGGACUUGAAAGCCACUUUGACAAUGAAGGGUGUUGAUAUUGUGUUGGUGAAUCCUCUAGCUGAGGUCAUAGAUAAGCUGCAAAAAUCAUAUGAUGCAAAUGAUUUCAUUCGAGCAGACUACCUUUUCUUAACAGUUGGAGAGGCUGUAGCUUCACUUUCAUCAGUAAUGAAGAGACAAAGACCAACCAAGGACGACCAGGAGAUACACACAAUUGUGACUGAGAACUGA